UGUAACUGCAGCAUGGAGAGGGCGUCUAUGUUGGUAUCAUGAGAAUGUCGCUCGGUAGAGAUAAAAAACGUCUAAAUAAACAUUACUUUACCACUUGCCCGGUAAGUCCACAUUAUCGAACACACUCACUUUUACGACAUCGAGACUUUGUGCCGCGUGCCAUCGCAAAGCGCGAAGUAUUCGUUUUCAGUUGAAAAUCUAGAAACCAUGGCGACAACUUGGGUAUCGGUUAGCACCAGUGGACCUUUCCCGCCUCACAUGGUCCCCGGGGGCCAGGAUAGUGAUGGUUCACAGAUCUUCGUCGGCCGUGCGCAUCACGCCGGUGAUCUCCUCCCGGCCAAGGUCCUACCAGAUAAAUGUGCUGCGUACGUCGCGUACGGUGGCGAGGAAACGCUUGUCCAGCAAGUCGAGGUGCUAGUACAGAAGCAGCUGGUUUGGGACAUGGCCGGACACGGCCAGGUACCGAUGGGUGCCAUCGUUGGCGGGAACACGGUCGACGGAGAACCGCUGUACAUUGGGCGCGCUUUCCACGAGGGCUCGCAAACGGUCGGUAAGGUGCAGGCCUCGCACAAUUGCGUCUACAUUCCGUAUGGAGGUGCGGAAGUGCCCGUUUCAAACUACGAAGUUCUGUGUGAACGGUAAAAUGGAACAUUGUUAACGUCGUUGCUAAAGGAUCUAACGCUUCCAGAGCUCUCCGUGACGGAUAUUACUCGGAACGAUAAUUUUCUGACACAUCAACAUCUAAAUACUAUCAAGCGUAACGGCA